AUGCCGCUGGUCCGCGCCCAAGUCUUCGACGUGUUGUUGCAGGAGUUCCUCGAGCUACUGGACGGGCGAGCCGCGCUUCGCCUCUUGGCGCUUUGCCGCGACGCCCGCAGGCCAGAGUGGACGGAGCGGGGCGCUGCCGCGCGGAGGCUCGCCGAAGACUUUGCGGCUUUCCUUCAAGGCGCUCGCGCGCGCUUGCCGGGCUUCGAGCUCUGCGACUUUCUCGAAGUGCGGGCCUGUUGGGACUUCGACGAGGAGCGGGCAAACCGCUUCCGCCCGCCCGCCUUCUGCGGGGGCUCGCAGUUCCAGAUGCGGCGCUGGAUUGAUCGCUAUUGGCGCCUCCGGGGCCUCAAUCCAAUGGAAGUGCUGCAGCGGCUCAACUUCUUCGACUUGCUUGGGGGGCCAGAGUUUGACUUCUACCUCGGCUUGCUGCGCAAGGGCCAGGCUCGCUUCAUCUACUCGCGCGGAGUCGACCGCCCUGGCGAUUUCCGCGGCUGCUUGGCGGCGGGCGACGAAGACGAAGAGGAGCCGCCCUUCGACGCCGGGCUGGCCAUUGUGUUCCGCUGCGACCACUUCCUGACGGCUGUUUGUGCGCGGCAAGCUCGGCCGGCGCGGCCACGGAAGAGAGACAAACGGCGAGCGACGGAGAAGAGCGGAGGGGGAGCGCGGCCAGCUCCGGGCUCAAGCCACUUCCAGCUUCGCCGCGCAUGCUGCAAACGCCAGCGGCCCCGAUGGGCCGACGUGCGGGACUCCGAAAGCGACGAGGGAGAGGACGACGCGGCGGGCGCGCGGCAGACGCCCGCGGCUCUCUUUGAGGCCCAGGCUGACGACGGCGCGCUCUGGCGCGAAGUCGCCGCCUUUGCGGGGGCGACCAUGGGGCCUUGCGCCUACUUGCGGCUUCCAACUUUGGCAUUGUGGCAGGCGCGGCUGCGCCGAAAGUGCGAAGACUGGGACUUUCCGCUGCCUUCUUGGCGAUGGCUGGUCUACGGCGAGCCGCUGCGCCUGCGCGCCGAGCUCCAAAUUUUUGUGCUCUUCCUAGGCUUCGUUUCGGAGCGGCGCCUGUCCCGGCCUUGCUGGCGGGCGGUCCGGGCUUGGCAAGGGCGGCUGAAGGCUGCCGCCUUGGACUGCGACUUUCCGUUUCCUGUGUGGCGAGACGUGGUCUGCUUUGACCGCUUUCGACGCGGCCGCCCUUGCGUCCGGCUGCGUUUGGACCGGGCCCUGUUCGCAGAGAGCACGGGCGUCGCGGUUGCGCGCCUCGUCUUGCAAGGAAGGGAGUUGGCGAACGCCGCGCCAAUUUGCGAGAUUCUCAAGCCUUCCACCGCGCCGCCGCCCCCCCAAGCAACGCGCGGCCGCGUCGACUUUUGGGACUGGGCUGGCCGCGGCCGUUUGCACGGCUUUUCGGCUCAAGCUUCCGAGCUCUCGCGCACGCCUAGCUGUUUGCGAUCAGGACUUUUGAUUGGCAGAAUGGCCCCGGGAUCUUUCGUCUGCGGCCGCGGCGGACCACCGCCCCCUCCCUGCGGCCGCUCGCAGGUUGCGGCGAUCUGCGCCCUGGCGGUGGUCGACGUCCCCGGGGACGGCAACUGCCUCUUCCACGCCCUCGCGAUGCAGGACGAAGAGGGCUGCUGCGGGGAG